GGGAUUGGCAGGCCACAGGACUCCUGCCUGUUACCCCUAUCCACAGAUAUAGAAGGAAGCUGGUAGGUGCAGCUGAACCUGUUUUUCUCCUCCAUUUUCACCUUUACUCUCUCUCUCUCCACACUGGAGAACAGAGAGGAAGAGGAGUGAGGCUGUGUUUGUUUUUCUUUCUGCCUGUUUUUUACUCUGCUUUGGGACUAAUAUUGAAACUGGCUUCAGGAUCUUUACUAACUGAAACAGGAACCCUUCGCUACUGAAUGCAGCAUGGGGUCUGACGAUUCAUACAAUUUUGUCUUCAAGGUGGUUUUGAUAGGGGAGUCUGGUGUAGGAAAGAGCAACCUUCUGGCUCGCUUCACUAAGAAUGAGUUCAAUCAAGACAGUCGUACCACCAUCGGUGUCGAGUUCAGCACGCGGACUGUUCAGCUGGACAACUUCACCAUUAAAGCCCAAAUCUGGGACACAGCGGGGCUGGAACGCUACAGGGCUAUAACCUCAGCGUAUUACAGGGGAGCAGUUGGAGCACUGUUGGUCUACGACAUUAGCAAGCACCUGACCUAUGAGAGCGCAGAGCGGUGGUUGAAGGAGCUGUACGACCAUGCAGAUCCUCACAUCGUGGUCAUGCUGGUGGGAAACAAGAGAGACCUGGAGACCCUCAGGACCGUGCCCACAGAGGAGGCCAAGGACUUUGCAGAGAAGAGAGGUCUCAUGUAUAUGGAGACAUCAGCGUUGGACUCCACCAACGUCGAAGCUGCUUUCAGUGAAGUCCUCACAGCGAUCCAUAGGAAGGUGGCCAGCAGAGAGGUGACCCGUGGCUCCAUCAGCGCUGUAACCCUGUCCAGCCCCAUUGGACCCACCGGUGAGGCGCAGGAGGAGCACAGAAGCUGCUGCAAGAGAAACUAACAGACUGCUGCCCUGUAAAGAUCUGCUCUGUCCACGUUGAACCCACAUCACGUUUGACUGUUGUUCGAGCUUAAGCAUGACUUUGUUCACACCCAUUUUGAAGAGCGAGGUACCUGCUUGACACUAGAGCUGUCAAUGUACAAGCCUCUUAAAAUAUAAAAGCUGUAUAGUAUAUAACACCAAAACAAUAGAUUAAGAGAUGAAAAUAUUGAGGAAAAUCUGUUUUAUACAGUAUAUUUUUGUGGUGUCUAAUUGGAGCUUUUUACUAUAGAUAGCUGUGCAUUUAUUUUCAUGUUUUUAAAGAGGUUUUGUAAAAUUUGACUGAUUUUAUAAAGGAACGCAUGAUGAUUCAUUUGGAAUAAAUUAUUUAUGUUA